AAAAAUCUCUUCUGCAAUCUCAUCGUCACAGUCACGGAAAUGGCGGAACACGCAAAACGACGCGUUUUAAGAGCAUAUUACCUACUCAUCCAUGAUGAUGAUCUGUUGUAAGAAUCGAAUUCUCUCCUUCCCUCAUCUCAUCUCCUACCUAGAUCUCUCUCUUCUCUUCCUCUCAUUUCCUUCUCCCUUACUAAAUUUCCUUCUCUAAUCUCUACUUUGUCCAAAAGCAUUUAACUUUAACCGGAAAAAUCUUACAUUUUUUUCCUCCUGGAUCUCUCUCUCUAUAUCUGCAGAUUCACACUACAGCUGAUUUAGAUCUAUUUCGUAAGUGGGUCUUUCAAAGUCGUCUCCUUUGAUCUACUUUGAUUCAGGGGUCGUUGAUUUGGUGAUAAGUCAGUAGAAAUGGAUAAGGAGAAAUCUCCAGCACCUCCUUGUGGAGGUCUUCCUCCUCCAUCUCCAUCAGGUCGAUGCUCUGCAUUCUCAGAAGCUGGUCCCAUUGGUCAUGGUUCAGAUGCUAAUCGAAUGAGUCAUGAUAUUAGCCGUAUGCUUGAUAACCCACCUAAGAAGAUUGGACAUCGGCGAGCUCAUUCUGAAAUACUUACUCUCCCUGAUGAUUUGAGCUUUGAUAGUGAUCUUGGUGUGGUUGGUAAUGCUGCUGAUGGAGCUUCUUUCUCUGAUGAGACUGAAGAAGAUUUGCUCUCUAUGUAUCUUGAUAUGGAUAAGUUUAAUUCUUCUGCUACAUCUUCUGCCCAAGUUGGUGAGCCAUCAGGAACUGCUUGGAAAAAUGAGACAAUGAUGCAGACAGGCACAGGCUCAACUUCCAAUCCUCAGAAUACGGUUAAUAGUCUUGGCGAAAGGCCAAGAAUCAGGCAUCAACAUAGCCAAUCUAUGGAUGGUUCAAUGAAUAUCAAUGAGAUGCUUAUGUCGGGAAAUGAAGAUGAUUCUGCUAUUGAUGCUAAGAAGUCUAUGUCUGCUACUAAACUUGCUGAGCUUGCUCUCAUUGAUCCUAAACGUGCUAAGAGGAUAUGGGCAAACAGGCAGUCCGCAGCACGAUCAAAAGAAAGGAAGACGAGAUACAUAUUUGAGCUUGAGAGAAAAGUACAGACUUUGCAAACAGAGGCUACAACUCUCUCAGCCCAGUUGACCCUCUUACAGAGAGACACAAAUGGCUUGACUGUUGAAAACAAUGAGCUGAAGCUGCGGUUACAAACAAUGGAGCAGCAGGUUCACUUGCAGGAUGAACUAAACGAAGCACUAAAGGAGGAAAUCCAGCAUCUGAAGGUGUUGACUGGCCAAGUUGCUCCAUCAGCGUUGAACUAUGGGUCGUUUGGAUCAAACCAGCAGCAAUUCUAUUCCAACAAUCAGUCAAUGCAAACAAUCUUAGCUGCAAAACAGUUCCAGCAACUUCAGAUUCAUUCACAGAAGCAGCAACAACAACAACAACAACAACAACAGCAACACCAACAGCAGCAGCAGCAACAGCAACAGUAUCAGUUUCAACAGCAACAGAUGCAACAGCUUAUGCAGCAGCGGCUUCAACAGCAAGAACAACAAAAUGGAGUAAGACUCAAGCCUUCACAAGCCCAGAAAGAGAACUGAGGAAUAUGAAUAUGUCCCACGUAAGUGAGAGGGUAUUGGCGUUUUGGUACGUAGAAGAAACCUUUUGGUAAGGUCAUUGAAGAUAAACAUUUGGGUAAGCCCAAAGAAACAGAGUUCCGUGCAUUGCAAAUAUGCAAUGCACUGCAAUUAUUAGUUGUUUGGAUUUGAUAUAGAGACUGAGUCUCGAAACCAUAGUAUGUAAAAAUAUAAUCACGUUCAAAAGCUGUUAAUUUGUUAUAAUCUUAUAACAAUUGUGUUUUAAGAUACAAACCUACUUUGUGUUAUGAUAUUUGUUCACUAUUGGUUUUGGUAUAUAUCCAAAUCAUUUUUCAGGGAAUUAAAUACUGACUUUAUUCUCUAAAAGAAAGAAGGAAGGCCACAAGAUGUCAAGAUUAGUCCACACAAAUGCCAACAAACUUGUAUUGAUGUUAAAGAAAAUUAAUGUCUCCUCCAAUGUGUAAUACAGACCGCAAAAACAUUUCAGCCGACGAAAUUGUUGUGCAACAUUGUCCACAAGAUUUUACGGCUACACUGUAUACAGACUCACGAAAAAGAAAACAUUAAUAGUCUUUU